CGGCGGUUCCUGCACGCUUCUGGCUCUGACAGAGACUCAGAAAGAAUCCACCAUGGUGCUGUCUCCUGCUGACAAGAGCAACGUGAAGGCUGCCUGGGACAAGAUUGGCGGCCAUGGUGCGCAGUAUGGCGCGGAGGCCCUGUGCAGGAUGUUUCUGAGUUUCCCAACCACUAAGACCUACUUCCACCACUUUGACCUGAGCCCGGGCUCCGCCCAGGUCCAGGGCCAUGGCAAGAAAGUGGCGGACGCGCUAACCACCGCCGUGGGCCACCUGGACGACCUGCCGAAUGCGCUGUCUGCUCUGAGCGACCUGCACGCCCACAAGCUGCGUGUGGACCCCGUGAACUUCAAGCUCCUGAGCCACUGCCUGCUCGUGACCCUGGCUGCCCACCACCCAGCGGAAUUCACCCCCUCGGUCCAUGCCUCCCUGGACAAGUUCUUGGCCACUGUGAGCACCGUGCUGACUUCCAAAUACCGUUAAGCUGGAGUGACCCUGCAGGGUCUCUUUUCAGGCCCUUCCCCCUCCC